AUGCUGCCCAAGGAUAACAAGAAGAAAGAUACCAGGAAGUUGACCAAGAAAGACAAGAGCCCAGUAAAGAAGUGAGAGGCCAAGAGAAAGAAGUGGUCCAAAGACAAAGUUCGGGACAAGCUCAACAACCUCAUCCUUUUUGACAAAACCACUUACAACUCACUUUUAAGGGAAGUUCCCAACUAUAAGCUCACAAACCCUGCUGUGGUUUCUGAGAGCCUGAAGAUUCUUGGCUCCUGGGUCAGGGCAGCCCUUCAGGUGCUGCUUAGUAGACAACUUAUCAAAGAAGUUUCGAAGCACAGAACUCAAAUAAUUUACACUAGAAAUAUUAAAUGUGGAGAUGCUGCCACUGUUGGUAAAGAUGCAUGA